AAACUAUAUUCAUUUAUAUAAUAUGUAUAUAUUCCAUGUGUGAGAAUUCUCUAAUCAGUUGUGAGAAGUACUUAGCUCGAACAAGUUUUAGCAGAAACUGACACGCAAACAUGAUCGAUACAAUCGGAAACUAUCUACGAUCUCUUAUAAUCAAGCAUCUCCGAAAUCUGUGAAAUUAUAUGGUUUUUAUAGAGAAUGAAUCCAGUUUUAUUAGAGCUCUUAGGACUGUUGAAACUUGAUUACCUCUCUGCAUGGAAGACGAGUGAAAAUCCUUCUACUAACGUCUACUUAUACUGAUAUUUUCGGUAGUAAGUAAAUUUGCAUAACAAACCAAUUUUAUAAUCAUGAAAUAUUUUGCGCGGGUAUAAAAAUAUGACUAUAUGCAUAACUCGAAUGGACUUCCGUUGUGAUAAUCUCGACUUGACAAUGAAAAAUUUAUUGGACGAAACGAAAACCAGUCGAAUACUGGCGAGCGCUCUGAUAUGAAUAAAAAGCUAAUAAGGUGUCUCUGCUACUUAAUAUUUACCUUGCUCACUGUAAGUGUUGGUCGAGUGAAGGCAUUGAAGGACAAGGAUUCAGAACAGCCUUUUACAAUAUUCUUAGAUGCUGGGAAUGAAAUCAGAAAUGUGGUGAACAGUUUAGCUUCAUAUGGUAGAAAACAAGAUGGCAUGGAAGAGAUACUAAAAAGUGCUCAGAACGUAAUGGAAAAAAUGGAAGAGCGAUUGAUGGAAUUAGAAAGCACCGUUAAGGCUGCUGCGAAUGUUGAAAAAAUAGUCGAGCCUUGUAGAAAAUUAUUAGAAAUUCGCCUGGGCGAUAUAGAGAACAAGUUGAAUGCCAUGGAAAGUAUUCAACGGAAAAACCAUGCCUUAAUCGAGCAGCGGUUAGAUAAAUUGGGAUUAAAUUUGAGGUCAACCCUCAGACAGCAAGGAGAAGACCAAACAAUCAAUUCCGAAAUGGACAUUAUGGAUACUAUGGUGUUGGCCUUUAGGAAAAAAUUUAACUGGGACCACUGACCUUCUACGCGGAUUUGAAAUAGACUAAAUAUUGUACCACAUAAAGUUGAGAUUAACAGAUAAAAGCGAUGCACCAAAUUUUUUGUGCGAACUGAAUCGAAGUGGAUUAGGCAAAAGCCUACAUAAUUAUAUUUCUCUUUCGAUGGCGUCAAUAUUAGAUUAAUAUGGUCAUCAGAAUAUGCUGUAUGCACAACUA